AUGGAAGCCACAACACAAUCAGCAUCAAGCACCUCUCCCUCCAUGAACGCCUUCCAACUGGUAUUCCACAUCGAUAUCUUCCUUCUUGCACUUGCGGGGGUGUUCGCCCUGUUAGCGCUCCCUCGUGCUAUUGCACGCUUCUCCCGCGCUGCAGAAUGGCGCCAUGGACAUAUCCUCCGUGCCAUCCCUCUCGAGCGCCGAGUGCCAAAGCCCCACAUGCGUUCCGUACAACCUCCCUCAGCUGGCCCCUCCGCGGCAGCCGACAACCUUACGUCGGAAGAAUCUCACACUUUACAUUCCGAAGCACAUCUCAUUCGACACCCAGCAGCAAAGGAAGAAGGCUGGUCACUCCCACCGCAUGUUCGCGCAUGGUCCUCGCGCUCCCCAACUUUCGCUAAUAUCUUGAGGUACAGACUGGACGCGGGCUUCUCUCUGGGUCAAGCACUGGUCCUGGUGAUCUAUUUUGCGGUUCUAGUCUACGCUGGAUUCCUAGAGUCAAACCCAUUUGCGGAGCCGUUGCGGACUGGAUUCGUAGCGAUGUCACAGAUUCCUGUCGUCUUUCUGUUGGCAACAAAAAAUAAUAUAUUGGGUAUGUUUCUUGGUCUCGGGUAUGAGAAGCUCAAUUACAUUCAUAGGUUCGCGGGAACGCUCCUUGUGAUCGCUUCCAACUUGCAUUCGCUUGGUUACAUUUAUCAUUGGACGACAAACCACACAUUUACUGAAAACAUUCGCGUGCCAGCACGUUUAUGGGGCGUUGUUGCGCUCAUCGCUGUAGAUCUACUAUACCUAUUUUCAAUUCCAUUCUUCAGACGACGGGCAUACAAUCUGUUCUACUACUCGCAUGUCAUAUUCUUCAUUCUCUUUCUUCCAAGUCUUCACGCUCAUCAAUCUGGUGUCUGGCCAUAUGUCAUUGCCGCUGGCGGUAUUAUCGGCCUCGACUACCUCAUUCGACUUAUGAAAACACGCAUAUUCAAUGCACGCAUACGUCCUAUUCCAGAUCUCAUGUUCACACGUAUCGAGGUUCCCCAGCUCAAUGCUGGUUGGAGGGCAGGACAACACGUACGCCUCCGCGUGCUCUCCUCCGCCAUGGGAUGGUUCGGCUGGGCAGAGAGUCACCCAUUUACCAUUGCUACCGCUGCGAAGACACCUGAAGGCAUGGUGUUGUUGUGUAAGAAGACUGGUGGGUGGACGGGGAGAUUGUAUGAUAUGGCAAAAGCUGCGGGGUAUGGAUCAGACGAAGGCACGUAUGGGAGGACGGUGCAAGUUAUGAUCGAAGGACCAUAUGGCGGGCCAGGUCAUUGCGUGUUUGCGAGCUACUCCGCCGCGAUAUUUAUGGUUGGCGGAAGUGGGAUUACCUUUGCCCUCUCAGCUGUACAGGACAUCAUACAAAGAGACUCGGAAGGUGCGAGUCGAGUAAAAGUUAUAGAAGUCAUUUGGAGUGUUCAAGAUUCUGCCUCCCUUACUCCAUUUGUCCCUCAACUAGCGGCGCUUAUCCAACAAAGCAUCUACACGCCACUCAAAAUAUCUGUCCACUACACACGCGCAUGCGAGAAACCCCCCGGGAAGGAUUUCCUCCCACCAGGGCUUACGCUCACCGCAGGACGUCCAAAGAUAGCCAAAGUCCUUGACGCAGUGAUAUCGCGUGCGGUAUCUUACGGAUCUAAUGUCAAGGCCAGUAUGGAUAUCACAGGUGUCGUGGUUGGCGUGUGCGGCCCAACAGGUUUGGGUGAUGAUGUCGCGCACGUAAUUUCUCAAGUAGAUGCUGGAAGACGCUGGGCCGUCGGCGGAAUUGAAAUGCAUGAGGAGGUGUUUGGGUGGUAG